GGCUCGCCUGCGCUCCAGCUCCAGUCUGCUAAGAAGCUUCAUCCCCAAAUAGGAUGACCGUCGGCGGCUGUCGUGGACGAGCCUGCAUGCGCGCACCUCCGUGACCGUCGCCACAACCGGGACUCCCACUUUACUAUACCACUGGGACACUUUUAGAACGCCUUCAACACACCUGCGUGUUUUUUCCUUUCUUUCACGUACUCUAGCGUGGAUUUCGACGUGGAUAUUUGAGCGCCGCGCACUCAUACGCACACACACAAAAAGAAGAGACGCGCAAGAGCAAAGUAGCGCUCGUAUUGUUCGUUGCGUUAAGAACCACAUUUUAUGGAUUACUAAUAGACAAGACCGUAUUACAGAGCUGACAAUUCAUGAGCUGAAGGCCGAGAUACAUCCGCAUCAAAGGACCGGCAGUGGCAGCUGCAGAGUGGCGCGACCAUGAGGUCGGGGGCCUUCCUCCUCUGCUUCGCGCUACUGCACGUAGCUGGGGCGGCCUUCCCCGAAGACAGCGAACCUAUAAGCAUCUCACAUGGCAAUUACACAAAGCAGUACCCGGCCUUUGUGGGCCACAAACCCGGCAGGAACAACACGCAGCGGCACAAACUGGACAUUCAGCUCAUCAUGAUCAUGAACAAGACUUUAUUCAUUGCUGCCAGGGAUCACAUAUACACAGUUGACACCGACACCGCCACAAAUGACGAGAUCUUUUUCAGUAAGAAAAUGACAUGGAAGUCCAGGCAGGCUGACGUGGACACAUGCAGAAUGAAAGGAAAGCAUAAGGAUGAGUGUCACAAUUUCAUCAAAGUCCUCCUGCAGCAAAACGAAGACAACCUGUUUGUUUGCGGGACAAACGCUUUCAACCCAUCGUGUCGAACAUACAGGAUGGACUCCCUGGAAGCUCUCGGAGAGGAAAUCAGUGGAAUGGCUCGAUGCCCUUACGAUGCCAAGCAUGCCAAUGUUGCUCUUUUUGCUGACGGCAAGCUCUACUCAGCCACUGUCACAGACUUUCUGGCCAUCGAUGCAGUCAUCUAUCGUAGCCUCGGAGACAGCCCUACACUGCGUACGGUUAAGCAUGACUCCAAAUGGCUAAAAGAGCCCUACUUUGUGCAGGCAGUCAAUUAUGGGGACUUCAUCUAUUUCUUCUUCAGGGAAAUUGCUAUGGAGUACAACACAAUGGGAAAGGUGGUGUUUCCUCGGGUGGCGAGGGUUUGCAAGAAUGACAGAGGCGGCUCACCUCGCGUUCUAGAGAAGCAAUGGACGUCGUUCCUCAAGUCCCGCUUGAACUGCUCCAUCCCUGGGGACUCCCAUUUUUACUUCAACAUCCUGCAGGCUGUGACGGACGUAAUUCACAUUAACGGGAAGGAUGUCGUGAUGGCCACAUUCUCCACACCGUACAACAGCAUUCCAGGCUCGGCCGUGUGUGCCUAUGACAUGGCGGAGGUGGCCAACGCGUUCACCGGGCGUUUCAAAGAGCAAAAAUCCCCAGACUCCACCUGGACGCCUUUUCCUGAGGAGAGGGUUCCAAAGCCAAGGCCUGGCACCUGUGCCGGCAGUCCAUCGAUGGAGAGGUACAAAGUCUCCAAUGAGUUCCCCGACGACACACUCAACUUCAUCAAGAUGCAUCCCCUAAUGGAUGAAGCAGUGCCUUCCAUUGCCAACCGGCCCUGGUUCCUCAAGACCAUGGUUCGCUAUCGCCUGACACGCAUUGUGGUGGACAGUGAGGCGGGCCCUUAUAAGAACAACACUGUGGUCUUCUUGGGAUCUGAGAAAGGCAUUAUCCUCAAGUUCCUUGCUAAGAUGAACAAAGGCUUCCUAAACGACAGCUUGUUCCUGGAGGAAGUCAAUGUCUACAAUCCUGACAAAUGUAGUAUAGAUGGUGUGGAGGACAAACGCAUCGUCAGCAUGCAGAUCGACGCCAAGAGUCAUGCCCUGUGGGUAGCUUUCACCUCCUGUGUGGUUAAAGUACCUCUGUCUCGCUGUGAAAGACACGGGAGAUGCAAGAAGUCCUGUAUCGCCUCUAGGGAUCCGUAUUGUGGCUGGGUGUCAGAAGGAGCGUGCAGACAAGUGAUUGACACCAAAUCCGCCUUUGAGCAGGACGUGGAGCAUGGUAACACAGAUGGCCUGGGAGACUGCCAAAAUACCUUCGUGGCUUUGAAUGACGUUCCUUCCAGUUAUAAAGGCCACCAUCACCGCCGUCACCACCACACCCUCUCACUCCCCACACCGGUCCUUCCCAAGGCCGCCGAGGGCCCCCUGGGGCGCGGCCGCAUGGUGGAGCGCAAGGAUGCCCCCAUGAGCUCAGACACAGGGGAGGAGCCCUACAUGGCUGUACCCUCUCAGACUCAGCCCGAAGCCGAUGGUGUGAUCCGUGAGAGCUACCAGAAGGGUCGCGACCAGCUGGUUCCGGUCACUAUGUUAGCCAUCGCCGUCAUCCUUGCGUUUGCAAUGGGCGCCAUCUUUUCCGGUAUCAUUGUCUAUUGCGUAUGUGACCACCGGCGUCGAGACUUGGAUCUGCCCGGCCGCAAGGACAAGGACAACCACCACCUCCACUCGCGCCGAGGUUCAAUGAACAGCGUGACGAAACUGACAGGUCUGUUUGAGACGCAGGCCAAAGACGGCCGACCUGAGGCUAUACUCACACCUUUGAUGCACAACGGGCGACUGACACCCAACGGCAAGAUGCUCAUCAAAGCCGAUCAGCACCACCUAGACCUCACCGCCCUACCGACGCCCGAAUCCACCCCCAUGCAGCCACGCCGCAAGCCCAGUCGAGGAAGCCGCGAGUGGGAACGUAACCAAAACCUCAUCAAUGCUUGCACCAAGGACAUGCCCCCCAUAGGGUCCCCUGUCAUCUCAGACUUGCCCCUGAGGGCAUCCCCAGGACACAUUCCCAGCGUGGUGGUGUUGCCUCUGCCCCAGCACCAGCACCAACUACCUCCUCACCUGCAACAAUCCUUCCAGCACGAGUACGUGGAACAGCCUCACCCCAGCGACUUCAACAUGGGCCUCAUGGAUGACCAGGGCGCCACUCUGGAGUACAAGACGGUCAAGAACCCACACCAUAACCUUUCCAUGGUGGACCCAGAUGGUAUGCUUCCGCCCCGCGUACCCCAACGAGAGGCUUCACUCACCAUCCCGCCAGCGGUCCCGCAGAUGGGAAAACGUCUAGAGGUCCACUCGUCCGUUUACGGACUCCGGAAAGGCUCGUCGUCCUCUGCCUCGGGCUCGUCGGGCCUGAAGAAGCACAACACCAACUCAUCCAACUCCUCCCAUUUGUCGAGGCACCAGAGCUUCAACCAUGUGGAAACGCCGCCUCCCGCACCUCAGCGGGUGGACUCCAUACAAAUGACAACGCAGGGCAUAUCUCUAUCACGGCAGUCUGGCAUGGGUGCCUAUGGCUCACUCCCCCGCGGUGGCAUCAAACACCUUAAGCCCGACGUCCCUCCCAAACCGUCCAUUGUGUCACUCUCCACAAAGAUGAAGUCCAGCGACGGCUGUACAUAGUCUGAUGGGGGUCCUAGCAUGAGUGAACGCUUCCGAAAGAGAGACAUGAGCACGGACUUCGUGAUCAGUUCUUUGUGUGUACAGUACUGUUGGUUAAGGAACAGUUUUUUUUAAGGAAACAUUUUCUUUUAUACAAAUAUGUAAAUAACGUCCGAGCAGAGGGAACACUUGCUACUGAGACAAAAGGAGACCCCUCUGAUUUGAUCUGUGUAGCAUGGAGAGGUAGGGGGGCUCUGUUUAUCUCCACAAGGACAGCAUGGAUUCAGGUGGACAAGGAACAAGUGGGUGGGUUUUUGGGGUUUACAGUACCUUGAAGGCCGUUGGACUCAGAGACUGAAAAGACUAGUCUAGCUGCCUGUUGGAAUACUGUGAAAAGCCUCAAAAGUGUUAUCACAAUCAAGUCGACGCCUGGACGGUCCUGGGCCAGAAAAGUCCUUGCGUUUCACUGAACAACACUUGACUGUUAAUACUAAUAGCUUCUUGUAUUUAUUUUUGAUGAAGUGCUUUUGAAGAGAAACAAAAAAGACUUUUUAGGCUCAACAAAGGCAGAGGACAGAGAGAUCUUUUUAAUAUGAAUUAAUCAAGUGUGAUUUGAAAAAAACAACAGAUAUUUAAAGUCAUUAAACUGGAGCCAGUAGAUUUUUUUCUUAAUGACUUACGGUGAAGAUAUUUAUUUACAGUGUGCCACAAAGGACUUUUACUGACACAAACCAUCCUAAAUCCUCUUUUCACUCCUCCAAUCAGCACUGUUUUUUUGUGUGUGAGUCAGUAACGUUGCUCCUGAUUGGCCAAGUGAUACAAAGAAACAACAUUACCAAUGAGCACGAAAAACACGUGCUUCUCUUUUUGAACCCUUACCCAAAUGUAAAUUUGUGCCUUACACUCUAAAGUAGUGACAGUUUUUUUCUUUGAUUGCUGUUAACUUGUAGUGUUUUUUUUUUCUUACAUCAUGAUGUUUCCCUGAUUUGAUAUGGAUUUGAAGAAUGUAGGUGUUAAUGUUGUAAUUCUGAUCCCCUACACAUGUACACACCUGCAGACACGCAUACAAACAUUAACACACACAUUUCUGUUGUCAACUGUGCCAUGGAAGAGUUUUUCUGUUGUGUGUCCACAGAGACAUUGUUAUCAAGUGUUUUUUUUAUUUUUUUUAUUUUUUAAUUUCCAGGUUUGUUUGUACUUUUUGUGGUCGAAGAAUUACGGCAGCAUGACCGGUUGACUGAAACUUAAUUUGCUACGCAAGUAGGCCGCUAGCGGCAAGCAUAGUGUUAGCAACCUGGGCUAACCUGGAAAAGACACCGAAAGAAAACUUGGAUUCUCACAUUGUAUUAAACAGUAAACAGGCUGGUUCCUGUUGGGAUAUGAUUUAAAAAAAAAAUACUACGAAAAACAAAACAAAAAAAAAAAACUAAUAAUUAGCCCCUUUUUGUAAGACAAGUUUGUAGUGGACCGUGAACUAAUGUGACUUUUCGUUUUUGAGGACACUCACUCCCCCAACACUAAAAUCAACAAAGCACUCCUUUGGUGUUGUUUGUGUAGAUAAGUGAACGUUUUAUUAGCCCUCCUCCCCCAUUCCAAUGGAGGAAAUUCAGUUUUCUCAAAUCAUGGCUCUUUUCGAGAGAAACGAGACUUGCAAUCAGUCAUGCUACAUUCAGGCUCGUGGAAAUAAAAAAAACAUACAGAUGCGAUACAAACCCAUUUUCAGUAAGAUUCGGCAGUAAAAUGAUAGAUAAAUAUAUACAGUAUGUCUAUAUAUAUUUGCCUAUAUAUACUGUAUAUGUAUAUACGCUAGUAUAUAUAUUCAUAUACACACACAGUGGGUAUCUCAAGAUACGAAAUUAAUUAGUUCCAUGCAAAUUGAAACGUCAUCAACAAUAGGCCAAUAGGAGAGCAGAAUCAGCAUGAUUGGAAAGAUCCUGACUAAUAGAGCAGCAGGUCUAUGUUACUUGGCAUUAGAUUUGCGAAAAGUCCCAGAUAGCGCAGGACAUCCAGAAAUUUAGGAAGUUCUUAUUGGUACCGACAGCGGCAGUACCAGUCAGAACUUUCCAGAAAAUUCCAGGUUGCCCCACCCAAUCCGGGAUUGUCGGCAACCCUAAUUGGCGCGAGGGGAUAGAUUCUGACCAACAGGGCAGCAGGAUCUUAUGGGGCGACUUCAAAAAUUUCCUGCAAACGGGAAUUGCAUAGUAAGUAAAUUUUCCGUAAUAUGACACGAAAUAGCUUCAAAAAACUUUUCGGAAAAUGAUUUGUGUGCUGAAGCGUUUUUAUCUCCAGGUACCACUGUAUACAGUAUAUACAGUCAAACUAAUUAUGCAUUACUUUCCAAUAUUUCAGUCCAUGGUCUUAAUUUUCCCGAGGGUUCCUGAAUGCAGUAUGCUCCAGCAUUGCAGGGUCCUUUGCCCACUUGACGCAAACAAAAAAAUGUUAAAUGUUAAUAGAGGUCACAAGGUAAAUGUGACAACUACAGUCUGUUCUACUGUGCACAUUCUGUGUAAAUGGUUGAAUCUAGUUUACAAUCCAAUUGCAAGCGAGGGUGCGGGGGCUAGUGAGGUUUUCUGGCGUGUGUGUGCGUGUGUGCCUUGAUGUCUCUCACCAUCCUUCCAUCACACAUGACGCCACGUGCGAAGCGAUCGGACAACAACAUGACCUUUGUGAGCUUGUAAAAUAUUGUGACGUCACACGUUUUUUGCCCUGUUCCAUACACUUCCUUAACAUCUGAUUCACAGCUUAAUGUUUGUUGUAAAGGAAUAAAACACUUUAAUUUAAUGCAAAAUGUAAUUUCAAAAGAAGAAAAAAAAGAAAUAAAUUCUUGUCAUGAAAGCUUGACUUUUUUUCUCC